AAUUCAACAAAUUUCUUUUCAGAAAUACGAAUUUUAUUUUUAAUUCAACUCAAAAUAUAAAUAAACAAAAUAUAAAAAAUGGAUGAUCCACUACGUCCAAAGGCAAUUCCCCUAGCUGCAGAAACAGUUUUAUGGUUUGAAUUUCUCCUCGACCCUAAUUUAUUAACAAAACAUCUUCACAAACCAAAUGCCGAGCCAAGCCCAAUAGAAUUAAUAAAUCAAUUUAUUGCAAUGUCACCUGAAAUGCAACAAAUUACCCAAAUCGAUCUCGUUGGUGAUACUGCUGCAGAUAUUCUACGCGGUAUUCCAGUUACACCAGGAACUGGGAGUAUAAUUCCAUCAGGAGACACAAUUCGAUUGACCAGAAAACAAUUUGCUUUAAAGAUACUUACCUUGAAGGUUGCGACAUUUCUUCGAUGGGAUUUGGAUCUCUUUGAGAAACAUCUAACUAAUAUCAGACAAGUUUCACUACUCAGAGAUUUGUGUACUAUUUGCUUUGGGAAGCCAGUUCCGAUUCCAAUUCCCUCAGAUUUCAAUACAACAGUCACUGCAGAAGGAAAUGAAAAAGCAUCAAAAUUUGCUUUGACAAUCUACCACCGUUGGGUCCUGCGUUUGCAAAUUAUCAAAGAUAUUGCCAACAAAGCCUUACGACCACAACUUCAUAAUAACUUUGUUCCCAUUGAGCCAAUGCAUCCUCCUUUCGGAGCCGACAUUCCCACUGAAACCAGCAUCGAAUAUCUCAAACAGCUCUGUCAAUCUUCUGAUCCCUUCUAUGUGUGUGCCAAUGACACCUUUGUUCUCAUUCAUCCCAACUCGGAAACCAAUUCGCAAAACUUUGAGGGCAUGAAGCAAAUAUCUCCAGCUGAAUUAAGAACCCAAAUCUUCUUCGAUUUUGUCAAUUUUUAUCUAUACACUAAGCAGUAUCGCCAUGCCCAAGAAGCUGUCAUAGAGUGUCGGAAGAAUCUUUUAGAAAUGAAAACCGAAUACAAUAAAAGACCUAAGACAGAAUUUAUAUUCUGUCAUUUAGAUGAAAAUGAAUUAGAGGGCUAUUUAAUGGCAUGUGGAGUAAGUGAUAGAUUAGUAUCGCUAAUGGAAAAAUUCAGUGCUUCUACAUUGAACAACUAUAAGGACAUCCUUGAAAUUCUAAAAGCUGAUAAUAAAUUUCGAGAAAUUCCUCUCGUUAAUCGAAGAAUUCUGGAAUUAGACAUUGAAGGAGCUAUUUCGCAGGGACUUCUAAAAGAAAAUCGAGAACUGGAGAUGAAAGUUGCUGCUCUUAAUGUCGUUCGUUGUAUAUUUGAAGAGGAAAAUGUAUUUGCCAGUGUAGAUUUCUUUGAAAAAUACAAGAACUUUAAUAAUUGCUUUGCUGCGAUAGCUGAUGGAAUUUUUGAUGUCCUAAAUCACUGUUCCCUAAGGGAUCGUAAUAAAGUGAAAGAAUUUCUAGUUGAUUGCAUUUUAAAACAUUCAAAUGGAAAACAAUUGCUUCAAAUAAUCGAGGUUAUUGGGUUGUUCUCGAGUCUAGAACUUGAAGACCUAAAAAGACAAAUAACCGAAGAAGAAAUCUUUGUACCAACGUUGGCAAUACAAACUGAUUGGAAGAUAACAGCAAGGAAUCGCAUCGAUCCAUCUGCUGUAGAUCGUAUUGAAGUUGGUUCAUUAGAAAGACAAUUGAUUUCAUGUUCAAAUGCCAAUGCUGUUCGAAAGCUUUUGGUUAAACUUGCUGCUACAAAUCCAACAAAGCCACUAUUUACUGUAAAUCCUAGCUGGCAAAUACCAACUCCAAUUAAUUCCCUCCUUAUGUCGAUGCCCAGAGGAUUUCUUCAAGAUUUUGCUUAUGUUCUUCUUGGAAAGGCUAGAGAAAUGGCUGCAAAGAAUGACUAUGUGGGGGCUGUCUCCAUGUUGAGUGUUCUUAAAUCAGAAACUCAACGUCAGGAACUCUCCAAUACGUCAUCUGUCGCAAAGCUAGGCAAACUUGUGAAUUGGGAAAUCCUUCUGAUACAAAUUUGUCAGUGUCUCGAAGAGUGGAAUAAAAAGACUCUUGAUUUGCAAUCACUUGGAAAUCGGUGCAAACAGUGUUUGAGUUCUCUGCAGAGUGGUGACAAUAUUAUACCAAGAAUAGAGAUCAUUGACCAUUGCACCAUUAUGCUGCUUAAUCUUAGUGAAUGGUCGACCCUGAUGUUUUUAGACAAAAGACUGCCUCAGCUUGAGUUGUCUCUAGCAUUUGCCACCACCUUCCUAGACAUGGAAAAAAUGAAAGGAACAAAAAAAGCAUGUCGAGAUGCAUGGGAUAUUGUAUUGCCAAUGUUUAGUAAUCAGACCAAAAGAGGAGGUGGUGGCAAUUCUAGAAACUCACCCAGUUUAGCAGUUAAUUCAGGAUUGACACCUUUCUUGAAACGAAUUCGUGAUCAAGGGUUAUUUUCUUUGGUUAUUUCACUUCUUGGUAAAAUUCACAACAUUCUUAAGGAUGAUGCUAACUAUGAACUGAAUGGGGAAUACAUUCAAUUGUGGCCAACAAGUAUAAGCAAUCCCUUAGGUUAUAGUAUUCGUUCAGUAUCGGAAACACUCAAUUGGCUCCUUAAAGAAGCCCUUAAAUAUUAUCCACAGGCAAUUACGUGGCUAAAGAUGAAAGGUGAUGUUGAAUUAGCAAUUGGUAAUAACGAGGCAGCAAUGAGAUGCUAUGUAAAUGCCUUAAUCACUGGAACUGAAUAUUGUACAAUCCCUCUGCAAAGAAUGAUUGCCGAUGAUUUUGUGAUAAGAAAAAUGAUUAGAUGUUGUUCGAAUUUGGGAUGUUAUAUGCAAGCUGCUGUUUUGUGUCAGUUCCUUGAUGAAAUCGAUUAUAGUUUGGCUUUUAAGAAUCUUACUGAGAAGUCUUCGAACUUUACCGAUGCUAUGGAUGCGUAUUACGGAUGCAUAUGGGAUACAACGCUUUUGGAGUUUAUUGUUAAUUUACAUGCUAAAAAGGGUGAAAAUACAAGAAAACUUGAAGCGAUAGCUGUAAUGAGUACCCUAGAACUUAAUGCCAACAACAAUGAUGAAAUAAAAAGAGAAGCAGCUGCAAUAAGAAAAUCAAAAUUCCUGCGAGCACUUGCAAAGCAGUAUUUACUUUAAAUAAUUUGUUUCGUAUGUGACGUGUUUUUGUAAGAAAUAAACAAUCAAAUAUAA